AUGGACCCUCUGACGGCCAUCGGCCUGGCAGGGAACAUCAUCUGCUUUAUCGACUUCUCGUUCAAGCUACUUUCUGGGAUGAGCAAAGUUCUGGAGUCCUCGAGUGGGAUGACACCAGAGAAUGCCAACCUCAGUGCUCUGGUGGAGGAUUUGAACAGCGUCGCCAACGACCUUAUCUCUGAUGUUCCCGCAAGAACCGAGAACGAAAAGAAGCUCUGUAUCUUAGCCACUGAUUGCCAUGCUUUGUCAGGAGAAAUCUCUCAGACUUUGAAAAAGCUUAAAAUUGGCGACAAGAAAUCGAAACGGCAGGGCAUGAUGGUGAAAAUUAGGAGUAUGCGCAAGGAGAAAGAUAUCGGAGCUAUUGAACGACGGCUACACGGUUAUCAGUCAGAGAUCUUGAUCCGAUUGCACGUCAUGUUCAGCCAAAAGAGCGACAGUCAGAGCUCGAUGGUCAAGAUCCAGCUGGAAAAUCUUCGAAGCGAGGGGAAAUUACUAAGAAGUGAGACGACAAGGCGACUGGACACUUUGCAUCAAGACAUUGCAACUCUCAUACAAGCGAUGUCCUUAGAAGUACCCCGGAAUGGAUCCAAUACGAUUAAUAAAGACCCUGAGGAUGAGCCACUCGUCAAAUUAGGGGAAGCCUUGUCAAAUCUCCAGUCUACGACACGAUCAAUAAGCUGGCAAAACCACAUCUUGAGCCGACUUAUCUUCCCAUCAAUGUAUAGGCGAGGAGACAGCAUCGAGGACCCUGAAAACGGAACGUUUGCCUGGAUGGUCAAAGAGAAAUUUGACUCGCUGUCGGGGCGGGAUUCGAUUUGGGAAAAGCGAGUCAAAGAGCAAGAGAAGAUGCGAAACAACACGCGACAACAAUUCUUGACUUGGCUUAACUCCGGAAGUCAAGUCUUUCAUAUAUCUGGCAAAGCCGGUUCUGGAAAAUCGACGUUGAUGAAGUUCCUUGCCGAGUCUCCUCGAGUCCAACGGGAGCUUGAACACUGGGCCGGGACAAAAAGACUGUAUCGAAGCCUCCUGUUCGAGACAUUCAUCCAAUGUCCUGAUUUGAUACCACGAGUUUUUCCCACUCUAUGGGAAGGAUUGUCUACCGGUGUUGCGCCUCCGCAACAAACACCGCUGCACUUCAAGGAGAUCAAAGCAGCAUUUGGACGGUUAGUUCAAGAGAGUCAGUCAUUCGACGCUUAUAUAUGUUUCUGGAUCGACGGUCUUGAUGAGUUCGAGGGCGAUGAAGUCGAUCAAUGGCAUUUGGCUCGGGACCUCCUACGCUGGACCGAGUCGAAGCAUAUCAAGCUCUGCGUGAGCAGCCGACCCCAUAUCCCCUUCAUGCAGACUUUCGCAAUCGAUAUGAACCAUCAAAUCAGCAUACACGAGCUGACUAGAGAGGACAUUCGUCAGUUCAGCUUGGCAAUGUUCGAGAAGGACCCAAACUUCCCCCGUGUUCAAGGUUCAUAUCGAGAGCUGAUCUCGAAAGUCGUCGAAGAUGCCAACGGCGUAUUUCUCUGGGCGAGACUAGUCGUUCGAUCUCUUUUGAAGAGUAUCGGGUAUCAAACCAUGGCUAAAGGUUUAGAGAAGCUGCUCACUUCAAUGCCGAAAGGGCUUGAUGAGCUUUUUGACCAGAUGUUGAACUCAAUAGAUCGAGAUGAUCGACCACUCUCUGACAAACUGUUUCUCAUGAGCACCGGAGAUUUUGGGCUUCCCGGGAACAGGCCAAUCAUUGGUAAUGCCAUGGCAUACUCAAGGCUAGAGGAUUUGGAUGAUCCAGGAUUUCCCGAGAACAGGCCCAUGCAAUUCUGUCCGAUAUCAGAGAUCGACGAGCAGGUAUCUCGAGUAUCAUGUAUCCUGGACCGGUUUUCUCGCGGCUUGCUAGAGAUGAAGUCGAAUGGAAACCAGGCAAUACACGGUCACCAAUACUUUGGACAUGAUGUGGAUUUUCUUCAUCGUACCGUACGAGAUUAUCUUGUGAACACACGACGGGACCAGAUGCAAAGACGUGUUCCAGAAUUCGAUGUCCGAGUCGGUAUUUUCCGCCUAUUGCUGGCUGAUUACCAGUUUGCUUGUCCAACGUGGGAAGACAUACAUCCUCAGAGGUAUCUUUAUAGCCCGCCCAUUCGGAGGCAGCUCGACGCCUUAUUCCGAUUUAUAGUAGGAGCCAAGGGGUCAGGCCAAAUCGACAUGUUGCCCGGAUUUCUUGAGCAAGCUUACGAUGUUACGACAGUCCAUACUCAACCUGCGAAGCUUUUCGAUGGAAAGCAAUAUAAGAAAUCAUUGUAUUUGCGGGGUCAAGUCUUUGGAACACUUGAUCGCAACGACUAUCUUAAUGUGAUGGAGCUGGGUCUUCACUCAUACCUGCCUCCUCGCCUCCUCGCCCGUCUAAAGAAAGAGAAUUUGUCAUCCGGGCCAAAUGUGCUCCUGGUGGCAGCAUUAAAUAAUCGAAAGGACUUUGUGGAGGAGCUCUUGCGUGAGGGUCGGUCCCCUCAGGAGAUGGUGGUUUUGGAGCAGAUAGACUCGAGUAUCGCCAGCGAGGUAUCCGAGAUCAGCGCAACUCCAGCGAGACUUGCGUCCGUGGGACUGCUCUUCAUACACCAAUAUGCCGCUGAUCUCGUCCGGGGAUUCCCCCAAAGUGAGAUCCAGCCUCUGAUACUCCAGACCUUCCUGGAUUGGGGUACUGAUCCGGAUGUUGAAUUUACCAUAAGCGAGGGACCGGAUCAGAAUGAUUGGCAGGAGAGAACCCUGAAAGACUCUUUACUCUCAAUUUACUGGAAUUGA